AUGGUGAUCGCGACGGCUGGAAGAAGCAGGAAGAGAAGAGAGAUACAAGAACUUAGAUUUCUACCGACCCUUCCUCUUCCUCUCUACUCCAGCAUCCGCCAGCCAUUUCAGCCGCGCUCCAGCGACUUCAACUACCGUUCCAGCCCACACAGCUGCGCUCCAGUCACCACAGCAGCCACCGACGUCAAGAAUUGGCAUACAAAGCCACAAACAAGGGCUAAAAAGCUUAACCAAUCAAUGCAAGAGAAACAUGACGAAAAGCUGCAAACUUGGACUACUUAG